AUGUCCUUAGUGGGUGUUUCUACUACAAGUGUUUUACCUAGAGAUACAGUGGAAGGAUCAGAGGAAGAAAUAAUGCAAGCUCGUCCAGUCUAUGUUGCAGCCAUUGAUUUGUCAUCUUCAGAAGAAUUUUUGGAGCUUACUAAAAGUGCACUUCUAGCAGCUUUGGAAGCUCUUGUGCCUGGGGCUCUUUUUGGGCUAGCUACCUUCAGCCACAAAUUGGGGCUCUAUGAUGUUCAAGGCCCCAUACCAGUAGUAAAGAAUGUCUUUAUUCCUGCUGAUGCAGAGGAAACCUUACAGUUGGAACUUGAAGAUGUCAUGCCAUUGUUACAAUUCUUGGCUCCGGUGGAAACUUGUAAGGAUCGUAUCACUGCUGCUCUUGAAACACUCAGACCUACAACUUCUUGGGAGAGAUCCACUGGAGCAGUUCAAGGACUUGAUGGUGUUUUGAUGGGUGGGCGUGGUUUUGGUGUGGCAAUGGAAAGCCUUUUCAAAUACCUUGGGUCAGAAUAUGGGAACACAUUUGCAUUAGCUAGAGUCUUUGCCUUUCUUUCUGGUCCUCCGGAUUAUGGAGCUGGGCAACUAGAUACAAGGAGGUAUGGUGAGCAAUAUGCCAGUAAAGGGGAGGAUGCUGACUGUGCUUUACUUCCUGAGCAGACAUCUUUUUACAAGGAUCUGGCUAAUGUUGCUGUUCAAGCAGGUGUAUGUGUGGACAUUUUUGCCGUGACAAAUGAGUAUACAGAUUUGGCGUCACUGAAAUUUCUUAGUAUUGAAAGUGGAGGCUCAUUAUUUCUUUAUUCAAAUACUGAUGAUUCAACACUUCCUCAGGACAUGUAUCGAAUGCUGAGUCGACCAUAUGCAUUCAAUUGUAUACUGCGGCUGAGGACAUCUUCUGAAUUCAGUCCCGGUCAUUCUUAUGGUCAUUUCUUCCUAGAUCCUCAAUAUGAAAAUGUUCAACAUAUCAUAUGUUGUGAUUCUUAUGCAACCUAUGCUUAUGACUUCGAUUUUGCCAAUAAUACUGGCUUUUCCAGGCCUUUCAAGCCAAUACAAAGCAUUGGUAAAGUAGCUUACAAGUUGGAUUUGCCAUCAACAACCAAGUCGCAUCCAAUUUUCCAUGUUUCUUCUCUCGAGGCUUUUCAUGGACAGCAUGGUGUGUCACCCACUCUCCCUAUUGUUCAUCAAGGAGUUCCUCAUCGACAACCUCACACUCAGUUGGCUUCAAGGACUCAUAAUGGACAGCAUGAGGUUCUGAUUCACUGGGAGGGUCUUUCUUCUCCGAAUGCUUCUUCGGAGCUUGCCAAUCACAUGAAGCUACAUUAUUCUCACUUUGGACAAGUGCGAAUUCAAGCGGGGAAGUAA